AUGGCACCGGUGGAGUUAAACCUGCCCUUGCCCGCCCGCUGGCCAUACUCGCGGGUCCUUAAUGGAGUGGAGCCCGGCCACAGUCUUCCCGAGUCAGUGGAAGUGGUCAAGCGCACUGUGGCACCUGAAGCGCAGAACUACUUCAAUCGGAUUCUGAAAGUCACUGAGAGUGAGCUUCAGAAGCUGUUGAUCCACAAGGUGCAGAACCUCUUCGAUCCUAUGUCUGAUCCACCUGCCGGUCCUCCCGGUCCUGACCUCCAGAAGUGCAACGCAAUGUUGAGGGAGAAGCCAAUAGCGGAAGGUCAACACUUGAGUGCUUACAUUGUCACUGUUCUCUCCAGAAUCAUGGUGGACUUCAGGUGCUUUGCGGAUUUGGUGCUGCGAUGGCAACUGAAUCCUGGAAAGAAGCAGGCUCUGAAACGUCCUGCCACCGCUGGGCCCGCCGGGCUCGCUGGGCAGGUGACCUGUGACACAACCAGUCACAGUGAGUUCACCCCGGAGCAAUCCGUGAAGUGGUUGGAACUGCACUGCCAGCCCAUCCUGGAACGACUGGAGCGACAGGAUCAGCAGAACACAGAGUUGGAAGGAAAGUACAGCAAAGUCUUGGCAGAGUUGCGAGAAAGAACUCGCUUGUUCCUUCGCGAGAGGUCACUUUUCCGGCAAAGAUUGAAGAUGAUCCGAUCGCACGCGCUGAAGGUUGAAGAUGAUGAACUGCUGAGGCUUUUGGAACACGACGUGCAGUUCUUUGAGGAUGAUCUGGACGAUAGCAUUGAGGAUGUGAAAGAAGCAUACGAGAAGAAGCUGCUUCAGCAGGAGAUUUCCUUCCAAAAGAUGAUCAAAGACAAGGAUUUCAGUAUCACCGUGCUAAAAGGAAACAUUGCGGACCUAGAAGAGGCAGCUGAGCAGCUGAAGGAGAGGAGGAUGACCGACAAGAUCGGACCCAUGCAAUCCAAGUUGGAAAAGGCUGAGAAGAUGAUUGAGGAGGGGCUGGCGUGUUGA